CGUACCUGCAGUAGGUGACACUCCUGAGGGAGAAAUCAGGCACCCUACACUCACCUGAAGACUGACGACUUCUCCAGCAGACCCUCCAGUGAGUCAGAUUUGUGGAGUUAGAAAAUGAUGCAGUUCCUGCAGAAAUACCUUCAUGAGUACCAGAUUCACCGGAACCGUCUGGUAACUAAGGACGGCCACUGCAACAUUGAGUUUGGCCACACCCAGACGACCAUCGGAUACGGGGUCCGACUCAUCACGCCUCACUGCGCUGGAGCUAUUGUGCUCCUCAUCGUCCAGAUCAUAAUAGGCACCAUCAUCAACAGCGUUUUGUCUGGUGUCAUCCUGGCAAAAAUGUCCCUACCCAAGAAGAGGUCUAAAACUAUCACCUUCAGCAGGACAGCUGUCAUCUGCAUGAAAAACGGCAACCUCUGCCUGGCGAUUCAGGUGGCGAAUCUGCGUAGGACUCUGCUGAUCGGGACCCAAAUUUACGGCAAGUUGCUGAGGACUACCGUCACACCCGAAGGGGAGACCAUUAUCAUGGAUCAAGUUAACAUUGACUUUCUAGUGGAUGCAGGCAAGGAUAACCUCUUCUUCAUCUGUCCAAUGACACUUUAUCACGUCAUCAACAAGACCAGCCCGUUCUUCAAGAUGGCUGUAGAUACCCUACAUCAGCAGGACUUCGAAUUGGUGGUCUUCCUCGAAGGAACGGCCGAGUCCACCAGCACUUUUUUCCAAGUACGGACCUCCUUCAUCCCCCGGGAGAUUCAGUGGGGCCGUGCCUUCCUGCCUAUCGUUUCUCGAACCAAGGAGGGCAAGUACUGUGUAGACUUCUGUAACUUAUCCAAAACGUUGCCGGUGCCGACUCCACACUGUGCUGAUUGCUGUCACAACGAGAAGGUGCACAAUUACCAUGACAGGAGAGGCUUUGACAACCAAGGCUUCGAAAUUCUUGAAAUGCCUUCGGAGAUCGCCUAUAUCACCAAAAUGUGAGCCCAUGUGGGCUUUUAACAAAACAAGGGUUUGUUACUCGCAGAUUCAGAGGCCCAAAUAUUUUAUUAUGGAAAUGGCUCCAUGUCUGUGGAUUGAAGUCUCUAUGUUUCAUACACAUAUUAGAGAAGCUGUCAUAUUUCCUGCACUGGGUAUAAACUGCAAGACGGUUUUGAUCUCAGUUUCUGCUGAUGAAGGUAAUGAGAUAUCAGAAAAAGGAGGGAAGGGGGUCCUGAUCUUGAAUUAGAUUUCUUCAUUGAGAGUUGACAGACAGAAGAAUGUUCCCUGUAAAGGUCAGAGGUGGAAAG